AUGUUUUGCUUCACUGGGAAACUGCCCACUCAUUCGGCCUACUUCUCGUUAUUAGUAGCCAUGAUAGGGAAUUUUUGCUCAUUCGGCUUCGCCGCCGUUCUUAGAUACCGACCAAUCCAUCGUUCCUGCGGCGCGACUGCGCCCUCCGAAGGCCUCAUUUCCACACAUCAAUAUCUCCACGAACACGAGCCACUCGAAAACGAGCUCUGGAACAGCUCUCUCCUGGUUGCUCAUCAUUCGUCCAGCCAUGAACGCCGUCAAACCCUGACUCCGUUGUACACGAUUGAUACAUAUAUGCAUAUUGUAUCCGACGCUGCCAGCUCGUCCCCUUCUUCAGCGAACUACGUCACCGACAGCAUGAUUCAGAACCAGUUCAUCUAUCUCGCGUGGUCUUACACAAACGCGUCGAUCGGGUUCCGCUUAGCGGGCGUCACAAGAGCAACGAACGAUACGUGGGCGAGCAACGGCGACGACCUGGGCAUGAAGCGGGCGCUUCGACAGGGGACGUACUCCAGUCUAAAUAUCUACUAUCAGUCUCUCUUACAGGCUGGCAGUAAUACCCCCGGGGUGCCCGCCGGCAGCACGCUACUUGGUUUCUGCUCUUUGCCAGCGGGCGGCGUUACUUCAACGACAUCGCGCAACGUAUACGUCGUUGAUGGGUGUAAUGUCCUGAGCGGGACAAUGCCCGGAGGAAAUAUGCAGGGGUACAACCUGGGAGGGACGACGGCGCAUGAGGUGGGUCACUGGAAUGGGCUGCUGCAUACCUUUAAUGGCAAUAGUUGUGAUGGUGGAAGUUGGGGGGAUUACGUGGCGGACACGCCGCAAGAGAUGACCAGCACGAACGGCUGUCCAGUCUACAAAGACUCCUGCCCCAAUUCCGGCGUCUCGUCCACCGCUUAUAUCGGGCUGGCCAGUCAAGGCGCGAACCCUUACGGAGCCCAGGGUUUUUCAGGAGUGGAUCCGAUACACAAUUUUAUGGACUACUCGAGCGAUUCGUGUUAUACGGGCUUUACCCUGGGCCAGGGGGCAAGGAUGCUCAAUGUGUGGAACAUCUAUCGCGCCGGGCUGUGA